AUGGAAACAAAGCAGCAUCGCGAGCUGAUGACGACCGAUCGUUCGGCCACGGACGACGAGUGUACGCUGGAAGACGAUCUGCGCGUCAUGAACGACAAAAUGAAGCGCUUGGCAGCUUUCUGCGAGGCCCAACGCUGUGAAACUCCACUGCAUCUGCGUAGUAAGAUCGCUGGCCUGGAGGAGAAGCUGCGCCAAGUCACUGCCGAGAAAAACUACUGGAUGAACCGCUGUAAGGAUCUCGCUGAUGACCAGCCGCCCGCUGCUGAGGUCGCCAAGGCGGACUUGCAGAGCGCCAAGAACAAGUCGCACGAGCGCACUAACUUGAAGUCCGGUGUGGGCGCCAACACGCGCGCGCAGUCUCAGUGCGACGGCUUCCAGAACGAAGACGCCUCCAGCGUGACGACGGGUGACGCGUCUUCACCAUGUUGCGACGAUAAGCUCAUGAACGGCAAUCCUGCCCCGCGCUCGCGCUUCCGACUGUUGCAGUGCUCGGACGAGCAGUGCGAAGUGUUUACGCCCGUCAAUCGCAGCAUUUGCACGCAGCAUCGCUCGCGCAACAACGUCCAGCUCAUGUGGGAUGAGCCGCCCAAGACGGUGCUCAUCGUGAAGAAGCCCAACGAGCCGGAAAUAACGGACAUGCUGGUGCGACUGGCUUCGUGGCUGCAGAAGGAGAAGAACAUCGAUGUUUUUCUUGAGCCCUCUGUGUACAAAGAGGUCACGUUGCCGAACGCCAAGACAUGGGGCAGCAAGUCGGCGAACUGGGACCAUUGCCAAGGCAAGAUCGACUUUGUGCUCUCACUGGGCGGCGACGGCACGGUAUUGUGGGUCUCGUCGCUCUUUAACAAGAGUGUUCCACCCGUCUUUUCACUGGCCAUGGGAUCGCUGGGAUUCCUGACCCCCUUUGACUCCAAAGACGCCGUGAAGCAACUUGAAGCUGUCAUCAACGGCGGAUUCUACAUGUCGCUGCGCUCGCGCCUUGUAUGCACAAUUUUUCGUGGGGACAAGGAGCGCGAGAUCGGUGGCAACCUGCAUGCGCUCAACGAAGUUGUGAUUGAUCGCGGCCCGUCGGGCGCGCUUGUCGAACUUGACUGCUACUGUGACGGCCUGGCGAUCACCAAGAUUGCAGCGGACGGCAUCAUCAUUGCCACGCCGACAGGCUCUACAGCUUACUCACUCUCAGCUGGCGGAUCCAUGGCCCACCCGUCGGUGCCGUCAAUGUUGUUCACGCCCAUCUGUCCGCACACACUGAGCUUCCGGCCUCUGAUUUUCCAUGAUAGCGCCACGCUGAAGAUUGAGUUUCCUUCCAGCAGUCGUGCGUCCGCGUGCUACGUGUCAUUCGACGGCAAGAAUCGCGUGUGCAUGGAGCGUGGCGAUAGCAUCGUUGUCCGUGUGUCAUCGUACCCGCUGCCCUCGAUUUGUCAGAUCAACGAGAACCAGGACUGGUUUGAAUCGAUGAUUACCAACCUGAACUGGAACCAGCGCCGCGCUCAGAAGCCCUGGCAGUCGCCUGGAGCCAGCAAGAUGUAG